CCUGGGUUGUGCAGGGCUGGGGGCGGCUCGCUAGGCCGGCAGCUCCGGCCGCAGGAAAGCGCGGAGGGGGUGCCAUACUGUGAAGGGCUGACUGUCGCCACCGCCUCCUUGAGGGUCACCCCGCCACAUCCACGCCCGCCCGCCCGCUAGCUCGCUCGCUUGCUCGUCCGACCGACCGACCGCCCGAUUCACUGCAGGGGAACGCUGCGCCGGAUCCCGAGUCACGUCGGCUCUCCCGCGACCACGAUGCCCGCCGACCUGAUGGAGAAGAGCUCCUCCUCGCCUGCUGCGGCCACCCCGGCCAGCGCGCACGCCACCCCGGACAAGCCCCGCACCGCCGCCGAGCAGCGGAAGUCGUCCAAGCCGAUCAUGGAGAAACGGCGUCGCGCCCGGAUCAACGAGAGCCUGGGGCAGCUGAAGACGCUCAUCCUGGACGCCCUCAAGAAGGACAGCUCCCGGCACUCCAAGCUGGAGAAGGCUGAUAUCCUGGAAAUGACGGUGAAGCACUUGCGCAGCCUGCAGCGGGCCCAGAUGACCGCCGCGCUCAACACGGACCCCUCCGUCUUGUGCAAGUACCGGGCAGGUUUCAAUGAGUGCAUGACCGAGGUGACUCGCUUCCUCUCCUCCUGCGAGGCCGUGAAUACAGAGGUCCGCAACAGGCUGCUUGGACACCUGGCCGGCUGCUUGAGUCAGAUCAGCGCCCUGAACUACCCCGCGCCGCAGUCUGCAGCGCUGCCCCCAACGCCUGGCACCCAGCACGGAGCCUCUUUGGGGCAGCCUCUGGUACAGAUGCCCGCCGGCACAGCGUCCCCUUCUGGUAGCAUGGCUUCCUGCAAGCUCGGCAAUCCGGCCAGUGAGAGUGCCAAGGUGAGCGGAGGCUUCCAGCUGGUGCCUGCUUCCGACGGGCAGUUCGCCUUCCUCAUCCCCAAUGCGGCCUUUGCACCCCAUGGCAGCGCGGUCAUCCCACUCUACACCAAUGGGGGUCUGAGCUCAGGCCCUCCCUCAGCCAGCAUCUCGUCAGGAUCGGGUGCUCCAUUGCUCCCAGCAGACUCGCUCUGGAGACCCUGGUGAGCGCUUGGGACCACACAUUGGCCCUGGACUCAGGGAGCAGGGCCGUCGGUGGCCCUUGGAUUCCGCUCCAUGACCGCCUCGGAGGCAGCCUCGUCUCUCUGCCUGUACAUAGGAUCUACCUUUCAUGUUGGAUUGUACCUUCCCGAAACUGGCCCCGUCCUCUCUCCUGUGUGGGUGUGGGGGAGAUGAGGGUCCAAGUGUACUUUCCCUCCUUGUCUUUCUGCCUUUUUUAUUUCUAAGCAAUACCAAAGAUUGAUUUGCUCAUAUACAAAAAGCCUCCCC